AUGGCUUCUUCUAAUGAACCUGCAGCCGCCUCCAGUCCGACGAGCUUGCCGACCACUACCGAACUGUCAGAGGCACUCAAGAUCGAGGUGUAUGAUCGCGAAGGGAAAACUCACGUCCUGGAUGACCUGGUCAAAGGGAAACGAAGUGUUUUGAUAUUCACCAGGCAUUUUUGGUGUCUGAACUGCCAGGCCUAUCUCCGAUGCAUCAGCGAAUCAAUACCCCCGUCUAACCUUCCUCCUUCUACUCAAAUCCUGGCAAUCGGUUGCGGUUCUUACCAACCCAUCGAUACAUAUGCAGCGAAAUCAGCAUCUGCUUACCCCAUCUACACGGAUCCUUCGCUCCGUCUGCACAACAUCUUUGGCUUCAAGUACAACCUAGCUGAGGCCAAAGCCGGCGAUGCGCCGAAAGACUACAUGCGCAAUGCAGGAAGCACUACAUCCAGGAUCUGGGGCGGCAUCAAGGGUGCAGUGGCUAGUAUUCAACAUGUGAACCAAGUCGGACCCAAGGCGUUGAAUGGUGGCGAAGUAAUCAUUUCCGCAGAUGGUAAAUGCGAGUACAUGUAUCGCAUGCAAAACACUGUGGAUCAUACGAAUAUCUCGGAGUUGGCACGCCUAAUUGGGGUCGAGGCUAAGGCCUCGGAUCACAGUGAGGAAGCGAAGCAGCCGUGUGGCGAUGCAUGCGCGGUUGACGCUAAGUAG